GUUCUUAUCCCAUGUAGAAGUCUGGUAGUGUCCGCCGUGGUCUCCCGACUACCAGUUCGUGGUUAGGCGGUGUGUGUCGCGUGUACCAGUUGAUGUUAUAAUAAUUAUGGAGUCCUCACAGCAUGGCAAGAUGGCGGCCACUGAGGAGCAGAACGGGCACGUCGAACCUCUUACCCCACCAACUGAGAAGAAAAUGGAGGUGAAGGACAAAUAUUGGCUGAUCCUACAGCUGAUAUGGCUGAACCUCCUGAUCCUCCCAUACCUACUGCUGGAGAUAUACAGGAAGAUCUUUCCACCGCCGGGGAAAUCCCUUAAGGGCCAAGUAGUACUGGUGACCGGAGCGGGCCGAGGUCUAGGUCGGGGACUAGCACUAGGACUUGCCAAGGAAGGAUGUAAGGUGGCGGUCGCUGACGUCAAUAAGGAUAACGCACUGGACACCGCUGCCGAGAUCGUGAAAAGCGGAGGAGUCGCCAAAGCGUACUUCACGAACGUGGCGAAAGUGGAAGAGAUUAGAGAGCUGAGAGAGGCGGUGACGACGGAUCUCGGUCCUGUGGACAUCCUCCUGAACAAUGCAGGACUAGUGCAUGGUGAUCCUUUGGAAGUGGAUGUGGAAGAAGCCAUCAAAGGUGUCAUAGCCGUCAACCUAUUGAGUCACUUCUGGAUGGUGCGGGAAUUUCUGCCCACGAUGAGGGAGCGCAACUCGGGACACAUCGUAGCCGUGGCCUCUGUUGGCGGUUUGGUUGCAGUAGCCAACUUAUCUGCCUAUGUCGCCAGCAAGUUCGGCGUCAGAGGGUUUAUGGAAGCGGUCAGAGCAGAACUUGAGUCUAAGGCCAACAACAACGUCAAGACAACAACGGUGUGUCCCUAUUUCGUCAACACCAGCGCACAUUACGUUGACCACUGUGACAUUAGGAUACCUGCAAUAUCGAUAGAAGAGGCGGUGGAGGCGACGAUCGCUGCCAUCAGGCGGGAAGAGUUGAUCGUUACCAUCCCUGGUUACCUUUAUCCCCUUCUGAAUAUUAUGAGGUUGUUACCGCAGUAUAUAGUUGACCAAGUGUACAAGAUAGUUUAUGCUCGUAUAAUUCCACCCACGCAACAUGAAAAGGAUGUCAGUCCUACAGCCGCCAUAAUUAAGGAUCUCAGUGAUCAAGAUGUCAUCUGAGUUUUGCCUUCAGUACAUUAAAGCCAAUAGAAGACUAAAGGUUCGCCUGGUUAACAUUAUAAAAAGUGUUACAUAUCAAAAUAUCGUAUUGAAACUAACUCUACUACAAUUUUGUUUGAGGAGUACGUACUUAAAUACAUUUCCAUAAAAGAAAUACAUGUUAUUCUAUUUUUAACGAUUGUACACUCAGAUCGAGUCUUUAUGGUAGGUAUAUCCAAUAUUCUAUUUACAUUAAAAAAUUAUUUUAAUCAAAAUAUUUGAAGAGUUAAAUGGAAGGAUAUUAAUAAGGUAAAUGAAAAAUACAAGUACAAUAUAUAUAUAUAUAUAUAUAUAUAUAUAUAUAUAUAUAUAUAUAUAUGAGAUAUUUUAUCGUUAAGACAAAGAGGAAACACAUUUGUACGUUGUUUUAGUGGUUAGUAUAUCAUUUAAGUAUGUAUGUAAUUUAAUCACAGGUCUUACCUUAUCGAUAACCCGUUCUGGUUGACUUAUGAGGAAAUCCAAGAUCUAUAACUAAGUAAUAAAAGUUAACAAAUUUAAUUUAUUGCCACUCAUUAUUAAAUUAUGACUUAUUGAGCAUAGUUGAUUUAUUUAUUUAAAUACUGACUCUAUUAUGAAACGUCUAGUCUAUUAACGUUACUGCAUUAUUUAAUUGUAUAUUUAAAUAACAUUUGCAUAACAUAACCUUUAAAUAACAUAACAUUGGUAUAGUAUCACUAAAUAAAGUGUUUUUUAUGUAUUCUAUAUUUCUUCAAUUCCUUGGUUUCGUUUGUCAUAGUCAAGGGACAGAGAACAAAUUUGCAUUGUAUAGCGUAAGCACAGGAAUUGGUUUUUCUAGUAAUUGAUAGAGAAAUUUUCCUUAUUCGUAAAAUUUGAUAUAUUUCUUUAAACAUAUUCAUCUCUCGAUUUCAAGAAAAGCCAGAUUCUGUGCUUAUAAAUUAGCUCUUGACUCUUAAGAGUAUUAAUAUAGGCGAUAAUAACUAGGAAAAGUAACCAUAAUAUCUCUGAAGUAAGCUAUCUUUAUUUUCCUUAGAAACUCCUCCAUCGACAAUUAUUUUAUCUGGAUGCAAUAAAUUAUAUUCGUUAAAAUAGUAAAUUAUACUUUUAGUGUUAAAAAUAUAAAGUAAAAAAUUAA